CAGUCCUUGACCAAGCUCCACUUGCGCCCUCGGAGCUUUUUUCCACAGGGCGACUGGACUCCCCAAUCUUUCCGUCGACUGAUCAUGCAGUGAAAUUGCUUCGUUUCUUCUCUCCCUAGAGACCUCACAGUCCCUCAUCCAACUUGCAUCAUGGCUGCAGCAGCGCCUCGCCCAUAUCGGCGCAUCUUAACAUCUGCGCUGCACAGACGUUUUGUUCAUGCUUCUGCACUGGCGCUUCUGGUUUGCUAUAUAGUAGCCUUCUCUAUUGGAGACAAAUCGUCGUUCUUAUGGGCUUGGUUUCCAAUUGGAGGAUGUGGAAUUCGCACAGUCCUCCUCUUUCUUUGCAGUCUCGUCGUCUUCGUUCUCCGUGUUGGUCAAAUGCACAUCGGCUCCAGGACGACUACCUCCCCACUUAGCACCUUCAGAUACCUCGUUCCCCUCGAUGUCUUUCAAACCUUUGGCUGGUACCUUUUCUCCGCAUGGUGGUUCAACGAAAUCUACAGGUGGUCUUCUCCUAGUAGCGCACACUUGGAAUGGGUGAACAGAGCAAAACCCCACGAAAGAGCGAGCUUGAACGAAAGAGCGAUCUACCUAUACACCUAUCACUUCCUCCUGGCGAUCUCGCAGUCGGUGGUCCACCUGUACUACGACUAUGAUCGUGUCCCUCUUCCCGUUGCUAGCCGAGUUGCCGGUUCUGCCGAUGAGGAUAGCCGGCCAGUACAAUCGAUCUCCAGGCGCCUUCAAGCGACAUUGCCCCAGAUCAUCAAGGAUGGCCUGAGACGGAGCGUUAUGGUCGCCUUGAUCUGCCCGAUAGCAUACAUUCUCUUCCUACGCCGCCCGGCGUGGAGCACCACCCUGUAUUUCGCAAAGCUAUUCUGGGAUUUCCCAAGAUCCGCCGCCGCUGCUCCGGGCAUCAUCCCCACAAUGCAUCCCGGAAUAUACUUUCGAACGGUGAUCUCCGGAGCACUCCUGGUCCUCUGCUGGCAGACCGCCAACCUAUUCUUCUCCGUGUUCCUCAGCAAAGAGCCCCUCAAACGAGGCCAGCCAUUGACGGCCGAAGCCAAAGACCCCAACGGCAGCUUGUUGAACGGCUUGAAGGCGAAGAAGGAGACAGUUCGGGCAUUUGCUUUCUGGGAGUUAUACUUCAUCAGCCAGCAAUUCCCUGACCGUCGGAAAGCCAUCUUCAACGAUAUCGACCGCGAGGAAGGACCAGCCUGGUCGCAGAUCCUGCAAGCCGCCACGGACGUGAUCAAGGGCAUCUCCAUCCGAAUCGACAAGGCAAAGAACCCAUCGUCAGGCUCUAAGCCCGCACCAGUCCAACAGUCCUCGCCCGUCCUUCACACCCUGCCCCGGUUAACAGAACCCCCCAAGGAGGACGACAUCUUCGCCCCAUCUCCCAAGGCGUCAUCCCGCCCUCAAAAGUUCGGCGAAGCCUUCAGCUCCACAGCCAAAUCUUACGGCAACUCGCCUGACUGGACUCCAACCGCACGUGCCAGAGCCCGCGAUGUGCUCGACCGUGCCUCGUCCGCCAUGCUAAGCCCCGAGCGCAAGCAGAAAUUGCUCGGUUCCUCCCAGGACCUGAAGCUACUCACGGCCCCAUCCACCAGCAAGCCCGAGAACCUCCACCCCUUCCUUGCCCAGCUUCUGCGCUCGCCCCUCGGCCGACUCUUCCGCCAAACCUACGCUCGUCGCCUCUCGGGCAUCGUCCUCGGCACUCCGCACGCAAACCACUGCUCCAUCGUCGACGCCAUCGAAUCCCUCACCUGCCUCCUCAUGAAGAGUCUCCACGAAGACCAAUAUGGCAAAGUCCAAGCCGACGUAGCCGGCGUCGUCCGCCUCCUAACCGAAACAAUCAUGACCCUCGAACCUUUCGUCCACGGCGGCCUCGACGCCCACUGGACUGACGUCAACUUCCCCCCCUCGACCAACCCCGAAGCCCAAGCCGCAGCCCGGCGUGUCCCAGACGUCGACCUCGUCCUCGACACCCUGAAGCGUUCCCUCAAAGACCUCCUCUCUUCCUUCAACCCCUACUUCAGGAACAUCGGUCUCGUAGCCAAGGACCUCCGAUUGGCAAAGGAAGCAGCCGGCAUAACAGAUGAGGAUCUGUGA